GUGUGCCAUGGUCUCAACCCAGCAGUGUUGACAAUAGGGUGAAAAGAAGCAGCCCCGAAUCAUAAACGAGCUGAGGAAAACACCAAAAUCCAGGGGUUUAGGGAAGACAAGCAAUUGAAUCAGUAACAGGAAUGUAAUUGCGUUAACCUAAUCGUUUUAUAUAGCCGUAUUUUGUUAUUAAUGGAAGUUUGAGGAUUAUUCCGUUGGAAGGAAAAAAAGGUACUCGUGGGUUUGGCUGUUUCAGGCCAAGAUUUUCCUGCUGCUCCGCCGCUGCUUGGGAAAGGCUGUUCGCACCGAGCUGGAGGUAGCCUAACAGUUAGCCCGCUAGAUUUCCAAACAUAGGAUAACUCCUCACGCCGCCGUCUCCGUUGCGAACCGCAGAGGAUCAAGGUAAAGUACUGCGAUUGGAGAGCUAACAGCCACUCGGUCGGCUGCAGCUUGUCGGGCUCGGGUCGGGACUCGGGACGGUGUGUAUUUCCCAGCCCAGUCGGUCUGUCAGUCUGUGAGCGCUAGCUAACGGUAGCAGCAUUAGCACUGCCCCUGUUAUUUACAUCUGGGAUGAUGGGUGAUCGCCCAAGCCCGCCCAGCAGGGCUAUGUCCUCGGCAGCCACCACAUCUCCAUCUGUGGACAAAGUGGACGGAUUUUCACGGAAGUCUGUCAGGAAGGCCAAGCAGAAGCGGUCGCAGAGUUCGUCCCAGUUCCGCUCUCAGGGCAAACCCAUAGAGCUCACGCCCUUGCCGCUGCUCAAGGACGUGCCAGCGCCGGAGCAGCCGGAGCUGUUCCUGAAGAAGCUGCAGCAGUGCUGUACUGUCUUUGACUUCAUGGACACGCUGUCGGACCUCAAGAUGAAGGAGUACAAGCGCUCCACGCUCAACGAGCUGGUGGACUACGUGACGGUCAGCCGGGGCUACCUGACAGAGCAGGCCUACCCCGAGGUCGUCAAAAUGGUGUCUCACAACAUAUUCCGGACCCUUCCGCCCAGUGACAGUAAUGAGUUUGACCCUGAGGAGGACGAGCCCACGCUCGAGGCUUCUUGGCCACACUUACAGUUGGUAUACGAGUUCUUCAUCCGGUUCCUGGAGAGUCAGGAAUUCCAGCCCAGCAUUGCCAAAAAGUACAUAGACCAGAAGUUUGUCCUACAGCUCUUGGAUUUGUUUGACAGCGAGGAUCCUCGGGAGAGAGACUACCUGAAGACAGUCUUGCAUAGAAUCUAUGGCAAAUUCCUGGGGCUGAGGGCUUUUAUACGAAAACAGAUCAAUAAUAUUUUUCUACGUUUUGUUUAUGAGACGGAGCACUUCAACGGGGUGGCUGAGUUGCUGGAGAUCCUGGGGAGUAUAAUCAAUGGUUUCGCUCUGCCACUGAAAGCAGAGCAUAAACAGUUUCUGGUCAAAGUGUUGAUCCCCCUCCACACUGUCAGGAGUCUGUCCCUCUUCCACGCACAGUUGGCGUAUUGCAUUGUACAGUUCCUAGAGAAAGACCCAACAUUAACAGAACCAGUCAUCAGAGGCUUACUGAAGUUCUGGCCAAAAACCUGCAGUCAAAAAGAGGUGAUGUUUCUAGGGGAGCUGGAGGAGAUCCUGGACGUCAUUGAACCCACACAGUUCGUCAAGAUCCAGGAGCCGCUCUUCAAACAGAUCUCCAGAUGUGUCUCCAGCCCACAUUUCCAGGUUGCAGAGCGAGCUCUGUACUACUGGAACAACGAGUACAUCAUGAGUCUGAUCGAGGAGAACUCCAGCGUCAUCCUGCCCAUCAUGUUUGCCAGCCUCUACAGGAUCUCCAAAGAGCACUGGAACCCGGCGAUCGUGGCGCUGGUGUACAACGUACUGAAGGCCUUCAUGGAGAUGAACAGUACCUUAUUUGAUGAACUCACAGCCACUUACAAGUCGGACCGCCAGCGCGAGAAGAAGAAGGAGAAGGAGCGGGAGGAGCUGUGGAAGAAGCUGGAGGACCUGGAGCUGAAGCGGGGCCUUAGGAGCGACGGGAUCAUCCCAACUUAACGAAGACAGCGCCGCGCUCCCCUCUGCCCCGCCCACCUCCCUUCCCCCACUUCCUCCUCUCCCACUCUGACUCCCCCUCCCCUCCAUCCUGACCCCGACUCCCCCCCUCCCUCCCUCCCUCCACAUCAGCCAUGUCUGCCCAGAGCUCCGAAAAAUCCCUGAUAAAGGCCGUCGUCUCUGGAUCGACACGGAGCGCCCGCUGGUUUCUUAAUUGUUUUUUUUUUUUUUUUUUUCUUAUGUUUUUUUUUCUCCUGUGUUUAUGCGACUUACUUUACAGUAGAUUCAUCACGUCUGUUUUCAUUAUUUCAACAGCACUGUAAAUAAUUAUUUUUUUCUUUUUUUUCCCUUAAACUGAUAUUAUUGCAAACGGAAAAACAAAACAAUAAUAAUAAAAAAAAGGAAGAAAAAAAUAGAAAAUGAGAAAAUGACUUGUGUGGGAGGGGGAUUUAAACAACUACAAAAAAACUUUUGGACUGUAGGACAUGAAACGAACUCUUGGAAAACAAAAAACGACAAAAAAAGAGAAGAUAGAUUGAUUUUAACUCUUCAUCCCAUUCUUCUCCUUCUUCUUCAGAACAGUCCCGUAUGUAACUUUUAUUUUCCUGGUCCUCCUCUUUGCUUUUCCUCCUGUUGCCUCCAUUUUUCUGUUCCCUCCCUCCCUCCUGUCUGAUGGUGCAUCUGUCAUUUCUGCCCCAGUGUGGGGCAUCCGGACUGAUUAUGGGCUCCCCCUCCUCCUCCUCCCCCUCCUCCUCCUCCCAAAGGCUCCUAAAGGACAGCCCCCCCUCCUCCCUCUCUCUCUCCUCUCUGGCCCUCCUUCCUGUUUUAAACAGGGAGAAACUGAACAAAAACACGUUAAAAAACAACCACAGGGACUUUCUCAGUACACAAACACAUUUUAAAAUCACCUUUUUGAGUGCGUUUACAUGCGUGUUCUUCAUGGAGUCCAGUCGAUAGAAGAAGGAGGCGAAAUUUCUAAUAAAUUAUUUCCUCAAGUUUGUAACUUCUCCUCUAAAAUUGACAUAAUUAAUUCUAUCACAGUUAAAUCUGACACCAAAUAAUUCACCAAGUAGGAAAUAAGGUAAAAAUUGUUUGUUUUUCUUAAUCUUUGCCUCUCUCUGGUGGAAUACUGUUGUUUUACACUUCCAGAAAAAGAAUGAAAUAAACCGUCUUCGAGGGGAUAAUCACUCCUCAGACGAGCAUAUCCUUCAAUAUAAACGUACUGCAGGUGAUGUCUGGCUGAAAACAAAAACCGAACAAAGCUGAAGGUACAGCCCACACCUACUUUACAAACUGCAAGGCAAUGUUGUACUUCCCCAAGCAUGUUGGGAAAUGUAGUUCAAAGAACAGAACAUUAUUAUCCCAAAGAAACACAGCUGGAAUGACACUAGCAUUACUGUUGUUGACAGAACUAAGGUUCAAAAUGUCUGAUUAAUGGUUUUUUUUUUUUUAAUAUUCUUAUACUGACGCUCUCCUUUAUCCGUUCAUAUACAUGUACAGUAUUUGUGCUCUGUCGAAAACGUACGGGCAUGCAGACAAAAACUGAGUUUCAAACUACUUCAUUUUAGAAUAAAAGCUGCACAAAUAAGUAAUUUAGCGGGACGUGUUCCCUCCCGACACUCGGCUCUGUGUCUGCAUCACCUGGGAAACUUUCUACUUUAAAAGAAUCGUCGUGUCCUGUUUUGCGUGUCUGUUGCUCCGAUGAACUCAUAUCCUGCUUAUUUCAAAUCCUGUUUACCAUCGUUUAUUUGUACUUUGUUGUGACCUGUGUGAGACCUCCUCGGGUCUCUGCUCCCACAGGUUUAACUUGUGAACCAGAAGCGUGUAAACGAGAGAGUAAGAAAAGCAGAACUGUUUACAUGUAAACGCACUCGAUUCACCUCCUCCUCCAAAAAUGGUGGACGACUUUUCAUGACUUGAUUAUUUUUCUCCUUUCCCUCCAUCUUUUUUUUUUUUUUUUUUCUUUCUCUCUGACCCCUCCCUCCCUCCUUACCUACCAACCUACCUACCAACCAACCAUACCAGGUAUCCCUGGUAUCAGUCUGGCACUGGUACCCUCCGGCCAUAACGGGGACUUUAAAAAUAAAAACAAAAAAAGUCUUCAGAGGAGCGCCAAAAAUCUUCCUCCUGUUGUGAAAAAGACGAGUGUCCUGCCUCACCCCGCCUCUCUGGAGGGCCGGGGGGUGGGGGCGCCGCGUUGACUUCACAGUAUUACAACAACAGUGACAAAAAAAGACAACCCUGUACAUUGUUAUUGAAUGCAGUACACUGAUAAUCUUGUAUCUUGUAGUAAUUUAGCCUAUGUUUUUUGCUUAGGAAACUGUGGAGAGGAGUAUCCAGUAUAUAAAGAGGUAUUAUGGAACAAGACUUCCUGGUAUUUAUGAUAGUGUUCCCCCCCUUUUAGUCUGUUUUUUCUUUUCUGUCUCUCACUCCUCCCUCUUCUCUUGGUUUUUAUCUCAUUUUGGAUAUUUUGCUGAAGUUUCUUUUGACCAUUGGAUAUAUUUUUUUUAGUUGGGGGAGGGUGGGGAGGGGAGGGGUUUAGGGGUGAGGGUGUGGGCAGGUAGGCAAGGGGGUCAGAGGUCAGAGGGGGGAGGGAGGGAGGGAGGGAUGGAUGGAUGGAGGGAAGGCAUGGAGCAGACCACUUUGCCCUGUUGGGAGUUUUUGACAGUGAACCUCCCCCCUCCUCCCUGGCAGAAUUAAUGUGUGCUUUAGAAUGGCCCCAGAAAUAAUAUGAUUUAAAAACUGAAAAAAAGAUAAAAAAGGGUUGGAGAAAUACAAAUGUUUAAUUAUUUUAAAAAAUAAAGAGAUAUUAAAUUAAACCUGUUUUGUGAUAAAGCCCA